GUCUCCGUCCCCUUUCCCCCUUUUCGCCCUCCAAGAUCUCAACCCGUCGCCCUUCUAAUCCCCGACCACUUUGCUUAUGCUGCUGCUUCUGUCAUGUCCAUUUUCAGCUCGACGGACCGGGGUGUCCCCUCCUAGAAUCGAUCCGGCAUCUAGGAAUUGCCUUGUCUUCGCCUCCUUCGUGAAAUCCCAUCUGUUGGACCUGGCCUGGCUUCGACCUUGCUUCCCACCUGGCUUUCGACCUUCGACCAACGCACCCGCUCGGUUCCGGUGCAGCCGAACGCAACGAGACGCUUCAUCCUACCUGCCGACCUGAGUACGUCGUCUCAUCACCCUGCCAUGACUGCAUCCCGCCAUCAGCACACUACUGCCGUCGUCCGCAUCUGCUAGCGGAGCUAGUACGCGCAGCUAUUCUGCCUCCGGGGGUGAGUGCGGCGUUGCUAUCAUGGCCUCCCUGAUAAACAAGGCGCGGAAGCCAAAAUUCGAGCUUCACCUCACCAUCUAUGAUCUCAACAAUGUGCCUCUGGUCGCGGGAACCUCGACCGUUAAAUGGUAUCUCCCGAGCUCGAUGCACGGCGAGCACCGGGGCCGCACUGCCAAAUGCUCCAUCGAUAAGAUACACCACCGAGUCGUCUAUAAUUAUUCUAAAGUCAUCCCACUCCGCAUCUCCAUAGAUCGCAACGACAACCUGACGGAAUGCCCCAUCGAAUUUGAAGUCCUGCAGGAGUUUCCCAUGGUCCCCGGGGGUCGCGACGAGAAGAUUCCUCUAGGCACCGUUAGGCUGAACUUGAGCGAGUAUGUAGAAGAGAGCGAGAACUUUCCGCGCCGAAGCAUAGGCGUAAGAGCUAGCAUGAACCUAGAUUAUCCUCGAGAAAAACCAGUUUCACAGAGCAUGACACACCGGAGACAAAGCAGCAGCAAAUCAGGCGCCGACUCCAGCAUCGUAGAGGCCAGUCCGACAAACACCGCUGCCGCCCCGUCGCAUCCAGAGGAAAAUGACGUCGUGGAAGAUGAUGCCGAAGAGGGAAUCGUGCGGCGGUAUCUGAUGCAGGAGAGCAAGAUCAAUAGCACGCUCAAGGUCGGCAUCCUAAUGGUGCAGAUCGACGGGGAGCGUAAUUUUGUCGCGCCCCCGCUCAAGACCGCCCCCAUGUUCGGCGGAAUUGCGGGUAUCAUGAAGGGCGAGCAGGUGGAGCCCGAAGACGGCGGUGCGGGCAGCAGCCGCAACCUGCCCAAUUUCAACAAGUCGCGCGACGCGUCGGAGCUGCAGGACAUGUACCGCCGGGCCCUGACCGCGAGCUGGGCUUGCCAGCCGGGAGAGAUGCCGGCGGACGCCUGCAUCGAGGACAUAUUCUCGGGCGGCGACGGUUGGAACGACAACACGAGACCUGGAGGGACCGCGGCCGCGGCCGCGGCAGCGGCAGCGCGGGGUAGUCGACGGUCGCACGCGGGGUCCAUCAGCAGCCACAGCAACAGCGGCAGCGCCAUGAGCGGCGACGAGGCCAACUCGGGCACGCUGCGACCGGGCGAUGUGCGGCGGAUUCAUCGCCACAUGCGCACGCGCAGCGGCGGCAGCGACAAGACCUCGAUGACCACGGCGGGGGGCGGCAGCAGUAGUACUAGCAGUAGUCUCGGCCGCCACGGCGGUAGCAACAGCAACCGGCACGACCCGUCCCAAUCCGGCCACCGAGGCCCGCGGCAACCGCCGCCGCUGCCGCCGUGGUCCCACAAGGAGGACAGCAGCGGGCACGACAGCAACGAGGGCCUGGGGGCCGGGACGCAGCGGAGCCGCGCGGGCAGCAUCGCGAGCCUGGCGACGACGCUGGGCAGCGACCGCGGGCGCGAGGGCUUCCGCCGGCCCAGGGAGGUCAGCGAGUACGAGGAGCGCGAGGAUCUGGUCGCGUGGACGCUGCCCGAGGCCGUGUGAGGCGGGCGUGCAGCCGUGAGGGUUGCAUCCCCGAGCAGGCUUAGUUUUUUUUAUUCUGUCUAGAACAUCAUCUAUCUAUCUACCCAUCAGCAAGUUAGACAGCACGGCUUCCGGAGGGCAAUACCGAGGCGCCGAGGGGAAAAGAGGAAAAGGAUGGGAGUCGAUCUCGAGGGCGAGCGAGCUAGAGAGGCAGAGGGAUAGAGACGCGAGGUCGCGUCACCGUAUAUAGUGCGUGUACUGGUUAAUACAUAAUAAGAAGACGCCCGCAUACUCGGCUUCGACCCAUUACUUGGCCACACCACCUGCGGGCGUGCUAGGGGGGGGGCAAUGAGACUUGCAGGCUGAGAAGACGUAGUAGA